AUGCUGGAGGCCCAAACCGGCAUUGAUAUAAGAAAGUUGACGCCCAGGCGCUUGUGGGUACUCGUUGUUCCCAAGGCUAACCCUUCGCUCGUUUUCUCCCGUGAGGGCGAGUCGCAGCACGCCGGUAUGAGAUCAUCGUCCGCCACCUUGGGGCUACUCACCUGCAUCGCCGUGGCUCAUGGAGCACCACGGAUCCGAUCGGAGCAAGCGUUGAUUGAAGUGCGUCAGGCCGUCUGCCGCUUCGACGAGGUCAGUACGACUCAGGAUGUAUUCCGAGUGACAGCGUGUGCUGCGCCUGGGGCUCGAUCGUUGGGUUCUGCGCCCCGGGGACAGUUGUGGCGUGAACUCGAGCAAUAUGCCGGCCUGCUAUACCGGGGUUUCCAGCCGAUCAUACCAAUCUACACCUUCACCCAUCCUAACAACAUGGAGACCCGUGCCUACUACAGACACUACACCUUCACCCAUCCUAACAACAAGGAGACCCUUGCCUACUACAGACAGCUUCAACACAGGAACAUGGGGACCCGCGCCCACUCCAGAUGA